AGAAGACGUCGGCAUAUUUACAGUUUAACGGUUCUCGCUUGACGCCUUCUCAGGCUUGUGUUCUCACUGCACCUACGUAUAUACUGUAUAGCAUCAUGGUGGGUUACUGUCCAAUCUGUGCAAAACCUGUCUACUUCGGUGAGAAGAAACGAUCGCUGGGAAGAGAUUAUCAUCCGCUGUGUCUGAAGUGUCAGAAAUGCAACCGGCAGCUCACAGCAGGGCAGCACGCUGAGUAUGAUGAGAAGCCCUACUGCUCACAUUGCUACUUACGGAUGUUUGGCCCACGAAGUAAAAGGUGAUGGAUAUUACCAAAACAAAAGAGACUUGAAGAUUUGCAUGUGCAGAGACCUCCAUUCCCGAUUCAUAAUGGUUUGGUGCCGAUAGUUUGGUG